GAACGACUGAUCCUGGGCUAUCUAUCAGAAUCAGAAUCAGAAUCAGAAUCAGAAUCAGCACUGUCAAGUGUCAACAUAAGGCAUAAACCCUAGUUCACCUUCAGCACCUCCCAUCGCCCAAAAAUGGCUAUGGUUAAAUCAGACCUCGUCCUCAUCCUUGACUACGGUUCCCAAUACACGCACCUCAUCACGCGCCGAAUCCGCAGCCUCUCCGUCUUCUCCCUCUGCAUCUCCGGCACCUCCUCUCUCGCCGCCAUCACCCACCUCAACCCCUCCGUCGUCAUCCUCUCCGGCGGCCCCCACUCCGUCCACACCCCCGACUCCCCCUCCUUCCCCGACGGCUUCCUCCCCUGGGCCCGCUCCAACGCCGUCCCUGUCCUCGGCAUCUGCUACGGCCUCCAGCUCCUCGUCCAGCGCCUCGGCGGCCACGUGCGCAUUGGAGACAAGCAGGAGUAUGGAAAAAUGGAAAUCUCUGUUAACCAAUCGUCUGCGCUCUUCGCCGACGACAAAAUUGGUAAACGACAAGUUGUUUGGAUGAGCCACGGCGACGAGGCCGUCACGCUCCCCGAUGGCUUCCAUGUCGUUGCACGCAGCGACCAGGGCGCCGUCGCCGCCAUUGAAAACCCCUCCGCUAAGCUUUACGGCCUGCAGUAUCACCCUGAGGUGACGCAUACUGAGGGAGGAAUGGAUACGUUGCGGCGUUUUCUGUUUGAUGUCUGUGGUGUGGAAGCGGGGUGGAAGAUGGAGGAUGUGAUGGAGCAGGAGAUAAAGGUGAUUAACGAUACGGUGGGGCCUGAUGAGCAUGUGAUUUGUGCUUUGUCCGGUGGUGUGGAUUCCACUGUUGCUGCUACUUUGGUGCAUAAAGCUAUUGGGGAUAGGCUUCACUGUGUGUUUGUGGAUAAUGGGUUGCUUAGGUAUAAGGAGAGGGAGCGUGUGAUGGAGACCUUUGAGAAGGAUCUUCAUUUGCCGGUUGUGUGUGUGGAUGCUGUCGAUCAGUUUCUUACCAAGUUGAAAGGUGUGACGGAUCCUGAGACAAAGAGGAAGAUUAUUGGGAAGGAGUUUAUUUGUAUUUUUGAUGCUUUUGCUCAGGAGCUUGAGGAGAAGCUAGGGAAGAAGCCUUCUUAUUUGGUUCAAGGGACUUUGUAUCCGGAUGUAAUUGAAUCUUGCCCUCCACCUGGUAGUGGGAGAACUCAUUCCCAUACCAUUAAGAGUCAUCAUAAUGUUGGAGGCCUUCCAAAGGACAUGAAAUUGAAACUUAUUGAACCGCUUAAACUUUUGUUUAAGGAUGAGGUUCGUCAAUUAGGGAGGAUCUUGGAUGUUCCUGAGGGCUUUCUAAAACGUCAUCCAUUCCCUGGUCCUGGUCUUGCAGUGAGAGUUUUGGGUGAUGUGACUGAAGGAAAUGCUUUAGAUAUUCUCCGACAGGUUGAUGAGAUCUUCAUUCAGUCAAUCAAGGAUGCUGGCCUCUAUGACUCAAUAUGGCAAGCUUUUGCAGUGUUCUUGCCAGUUCGAUCAGUUGGAGUUCAAGGUGAUCAAAGAACACAUUCCCAUGUUGUUGCACUCAGAGCUGUCACAAGUCAAGAUGGAAUGACUGCAGACUGGUAUUACUUUGAGCACAAGUUCCUUGACAAUGUCGCCCGAAAGAUCUGUAAUGGUGUCCGUGGUGUAAACCGUGUUGUGCAAGACAUUACGUCAAAGCCACCAUCAACAAUUGAAUGGGAAUAAUAUCAUAUUUUAUGUCUUUUGCUUUACAGAAGUAGUGAGGUACUAUGAAGUUGUAUAUGCGCUAAGGCACUCUUUUCUUAUUUGAUUUUCUUGUCUUCUUCCCUGCAUGUAUAUGGCAUGGAGGGAAGUUAUGGGAGGGGGAAUUUCUAGUGGGAGUAAUAUGAUUCUUGUGAUUGGAAUAGCUAGAAUUGAGAGGACCAUAACCUAAAUUAUUACAUUGUAAUGAUUUUUUUGCCCCCAGGAAUCAAUUUUAUAAAUGUUGUAGUUUUGGAAACCGAAUAUCAUGGAACCGGAACAGUAGUCAAAACCAGAGAAAUGCUCACAUUUUCUUCAAAGAUU